CGCGCCGUUCUAUUGCUUGUCUUGGCCUACCAUCUCAGCCAUGAAUCGUGGACGUCGUAAAGAAGAAAUCGAGCGUGCCUACCAGAUCCAAGUGGCCGCAGGUCUACGAGGCGCCGCACAAUUCGGUGCGGUGGGCCUGGGUACCGCCGCAAUCGCCCACCAUUACUGGCCUACCUUCAGGAGGCAAACGCUCCCAUUCAAAGCCUGGCUCGUCUCAAUAGUCGCCGUGUUCGGCCUAUGUAUCCACGCGGAGAACGCGCUCCAGGCGCACGAGCUCGAGCAGCGGCUGAAGGAGAACAAGAUCCGCCGCGAGGCGCGGGUAGACCUCGCUCGCCGCGGGCUCGUCGCGACCGAGACAGAGAUUGCGAAGUGGAAGGAGCAGCGUGAGCGUGCGUUGGAUGCGGCGGCUGCGCAGGCGAAGCAGGACGCGACGACGGCGCAAGCGUCCGCGUCCGAGCAGUAGACUUCAAGCUUCUGGUUCCGCAUAGCACCCACUGCUAUUACGAUAAGGGCUUGCACGGAUAGACUUUGACAUGACAAGCUUGUUGCUCUGGCAGCAUACACAUAGCGAUGCGGUAUGUGCACUACGAAUGUCGUAUAAGCACACGUCAUGCGUCAUGUCAGGACACAUAGAUAUUCGUGUAGGCGGACGACAGUCGUGAGUAAGUUACGGAGUUGCAGACGUAUACAUGCGAGGGAGGAUAUUGCAUUGUUGGUUCAUACGACAGGAAGCGAGCGAUAGCAGAUUGUCCGUGGAAUUGUUGUCAGGGAUUCAAGGAGAAUGAUGAGACGAAG